AAGAAAAUUAUUGGUGUAAAUGUUCUAUUUACGUGUUUAUUAUGUGCAUAUAUCAUAUUUGGUGCAUAUGUUUUCAUCUAUCUUGAAAGUAGUUAUGAACAAAUUUUUCGCGAACAACUCAUUAGCACUAAAAUAAAUUGCGUUAAUUUAUUAUUGGAAAAGUAUAGGACUAAUAACGCAGAUAAAAAUUUGGCUCAUAGUAUUGUCAAUGAAUGUGUUAUUGAUAAGUUAAAAUCACAAAAAUGGACAUUUCUUACCACUGCACUUUAUUCAUUUGGUAUUAUCACUACAUUAGGUUAUGGCAAAAUCGAACCAUUAACAACGAGCGGUAAAGUAUUUGCUGUUAUUUAUGGUUUUAUUGGCAUACCAGUUACUGUAAUUCUAUUUACGAAUUUUGGCCGAUGGAUUCAAACAUUUUUGCAAUAUGUUGAAAUGAAAAUUCAUAAGAAAAAUGAAAUAUCAUCGCUAUCCGCAACAACUUUAAUUUUAAUUGUUGUUAUCUAUUUGAUUAUUGGUGGUGCAAUAUUUUCAUAUUUAUGUGGAAAUUUCGAUUUUUUAAGUGGUAUUUAUUGGGUUUUUCUUUGUUUUACAGCGAUCGAAUACGGACAACUUAUACCUAAAAACCAUUUCUAUCUUCCGAUUGCUCUCGGCUAUAUUUGUAUCGGACUUGCGAUAUCGACUAUCGCUCUUGAUAUUGGUUCAGCAUAUGUAAGAAAAUUGCAUUUCAUUGGGCAAAAACUUCGAGAUAUUGCAAAUGUUAAAAUAUGGUUUGGAUCAAAACACUUGAAAGUGCGAGAACUAGUUAAUGCUGUUGGCCAAAAUAUAGGCAUUGAACCAUCACUUAUGCACAACAUCGAUCUUGACUCAUUAAUUAGCGUAGCCAUAAAAGUGAAAGAAGGCAAACUAAGUAAGGUACCACAAUCGCAAUGUAUAUGUGAUGGUAUUUGGCCACCCGAAUUAGUACCGCUUUUUAUAAAAGAUGGAGCAUUUCCCAUAUUCGUGGAUUCUGAAAAAGAAUCACCAAAAUUACGCAUGCGAUAUUCGGUAGAGGGACUACCUACAUCCCUUGGCCUGAAUUUUGUUUUCAGGAAUCGUGCUGCCUUAUACGAAGGAAAAGACAAGCAGCGGACUGAUUUCUCAAAAGUUAUCCCAAUUUGCCCUCAUAACUUUCAUCAAAAUUUGGAAGCAGUUUUUUCCGAUCGCAUCUCACCUUUUUCUUAUCAUAUCAGUGAAUAG